AACACUAGGGAAUAUUAGUAAACACUUGGGCAUAUUAGAAAACACUUGGGCAUAUUAGAAAACACUAGGGCAUAUUAGUAAACACUUGGGCAUAUUAGAAAUCACUAGGGCAUAUUAGAAAACACUAGGGCAUAUUAAAAAAGACUAGGGCAUUUUAGAAAACUCUAGGACAUAUUAAAAACACCAGAUAUUAGAAAACACUAGAAGUAGAAAACACUCGGACGUAUUAGAAAACAUUAGAAAACACUAGGUUAUAUUUGAAAACACUAGAUUAUAUUAGAAAACACAAGGUCAUUAGAAAACACUAGGCCAUAUUAGACAACACUGGGAGGUACAAUGCACUUUUGAAAGCACCCGUACCAAGGUUCCUCCUCUUCCAAACCAAUCAAUCUUUCACUUUGGAGCAGGUUGUGUGCCUAUCCGGGGCUGCUACAACACUCUGCAGGGCGCCUCUCAAUCUCUUGCAGCAUUCUACAGAGUCCUGGAGCAUCAUUCUUCAACUAGCUGGGCACAGAGCCUAGAUGUGGACUUCUUGUUAUCUGUCUCUCCCAUGUACAGUGCUGUGAACCCUUUCACAGCAUGCUGAAUCAUAGUGAAUGAUAUCACAGCAUUCACGACUUUGUACACAAUUUGAAGAGCAAUGUAUAACAUUCAAGAGCAGCCCAUAAGAAUCUAAGAGCUUCCUGGAGCACUUUAGAGCAAUACGGAUUUUUAUAGAGCACUUUUGAGCAUCUUGGAGCUUUUUAAAAUGUCCUGAAUUAUUUUGAAAUAUGGAUUAUAUUAAAAUAUCCUGCAGCAAUCAAAGUGUCAUAUUAGAGCAUACUGGAACAUUGUAAGCAUCCUGGAGCAUCUUAGAGCAUCCUGUAUAAUUUCAGAACAUUCUGGAGCAUCUUACAACAUCUUGGAGUAUCUCACAGCAUCUAGGAUCAUCUCAGAGCAUCCUGGGUAAUUUCAGAGCAUCCUGGAUCAUCUUAGAGCAUCCUGGGGUGGUGGUUCAGGAUGAGGAUGGACGGAGGAGAGGAUAUCACCAGCUUGGCUGAGCGUCGCCGGGCUGGGCGCAACGGCCUUAGCAUGGCCUAUCCCGGGGGUCCUCAGGCCUAUCCCGGCGGCCCUCAGCACUAUCCCACCGAACUCACUCUCCGCAUCGACAACUUCACCUCAGGGAACGACGCACCUCUCUCGCCCACAACAACCACCACACCAAGAAAGUAUGAACCGAAGGGAUUCCUGGCGGAGGUGGCGAAGGAGAGACGACGAGAGCCACGGGUGUCAGUUCCACUCUUCCUGGAGGAGGUCCCAUACAGUCGCAUCUACAUGCCCCCGCUUGUACCUGUGGAAGUACAUGGGACUGAGGUGGCUGCCCUCAUCCACACCGCCAGUCACAUCUCUCUCGUGUCAUCCACACUCGUCCAAGACAUGGGUGUAAGGCAAGACAUGUUGGCUGAUACAUCCGUGCCUCCAUCACCCCUCACUGCUGGAACGGGAUCACCGUGGCUGGUGGAAGGCAAGCUGAGGUACGUCGAACUUUCCAUCAAAGGCUCCAAACACGUCACUCAACUUCAUGUUGGUCAGUCCCUUUCUCUUCUUAGCCAUGUUAAUAGUUAG